AUGGCUCGUGCUGCCGCAUCCCGCGCCGCCAGCGCAAAGCCCGUCGAGGCCAAGGAAACCAAAGAGAACAAGGUCAAUGGCACUGCCGGGACCCGCCCAAGCCGCGCAAAGACGACAGAGCCUGCGCCCACCACAAACGGCACUGCUGUGAAGAGCGCAGCUGCAGAAGCCCCCCAGAAGCGUAAACUGCGACGCGUCCCAACAAAAGCACCGCGUGCUGACAAGCCCCCAGCUGCUGGACGCGCCCGCGCAUCCAAGACGGCCACACCAGCUCCCGCGCCUGCCCCUGUCCCUGCCAAGAAGAUGGCCAAGCGCAAGAAGGACGAGGCGAGCGACAUGGAGGAGGAGGAAGUCGAGCCAGAGGCCAAGAAGGCAAAGGUCGAGCGCCCAAAGGCUGCGCCCAAGUCGGCAAAGGCCGCAGUGGAUCCAUCCAAGCCUGUCCCUCGCGGCCCCCGGCGAGUGCGCGGCAAGAAGAACGAGAUCAACGCGAUCCGCUACACGGAGCCCUUGAAGGUCUUCGUCUUCGGCGAGGGCAGCUCCGGCGAGCUCGGCUUUGGCGCGACCAAGAAGGCCAUCGACGUCAAGCGCCCACGCUACAACGAGGCGCUGAGCAAUCAGGACGUCGUCCGCGUCGCGACUGGCGGCAUGCACGUCGUCGCGCUGACCAAGGACAACCGCAUCCUGACCUGGGGCGUCAACGACAACGGCGCCCUCGGCCGCGACACCUCCCACGCCGACGUCAAGCUGCGCGACGUGGACGCCGACGAAGACUCGGACUCGGACGACGAGACGGGCGGACUGAACGACCUCGAAGCCACACCCACCGCUGUAUCAGCCGAGUACUUCCCCGAGGACACCGUCUUUGUCGAUAUCGCGGCAGGUGACAGCUGCACCUUCGUCCUCACCACCGAGGGCGCCAUCUACGGUUGGGGUACCUUCCGCAAGAACGAGGGCAUUCUUGGCUUCGAGAAGGGCAACCAUACCGCGCGCUUCCCUGUCUACAUCGACGGUGUCACAAAGGUCACCCACAUCGCCUGCGGAACCAACCACGUCCUCGCCCUCGACAAGGACAAGCACGUCUUCGCCUGGGGUAACGGCCAGCAGAACCAGCUCGGUCGCCGUGUCACCGAGCGCACCCUCACCGAGUCUCUGCAGCCGAACCGCGUUGGUUUCCACGACAGCAGCGUCAAGCGCCCCAGCCAGCGCAUGACGCAGAUUGCCUGCGGCGAUUACCAUGGCUUUGCCAUCGCCGACGACGGCCACAUCUGGUCAUGGGGAGUCAACAACUACUGCGAGACGGGCUAUCCCGAGAACGCUGGCGCCGACGAUGCCAGCGUCCUCACCCCCCGCAUCGUGCACAGCCUCGAGGGCAAGAACGUCGAAUCCAUCUCCGGCGGCUCACACCACAACAUUGCCAUCACCAAAGAUGGUCAGGUCUUCGUCUGGGGUCGUUGCGACGGCUCGCAGACCGGCAUUCCUGCCGAGACAUUAGACGCCGAGAACGACGAGGAGAAGGUGCUCAAGAACAACGGGAAACCCAAGAUCCUCAUCGAGCCCACUCCCGUCCCCAACCUCAAGAACAUCGUCACGGGCGCCUGCGGCCCCGAACACACUAUCGUCAUCGACAAGGACGGCAAGGCAUACUCGUGGGGCUUCUCUGCAAACUACCAGACCGGCCAGGGCACGGACGAAGAUGUUGACGAGCCUACGCACAUUGACAACACCGCUGUACGGGAGACGAAGCUCUCAUGGGCCGGCUGCGGAGGACAGUACUCGGUUCUGGCGAGCAAGAAGGUGUAG